GUUCUGUCUCCGUCCAUCUCUCGCUCGCCCGGCCGCCCGUGCCCUCUCUCGCCGGCCGUCUGGUGGCUCGCGGUGGUGGCGGGCCCGGCGCGGGGCGCGAUGAGCGGCGCCUGCACGACCUACGUGAGCGCCGAGCAGGAGGUGGUGCGCGGCUUCAGCUGCCCGCGGCCGGGGGGCGAGGCGGCCGCCGUCUUCUGCUGCGGCUUCCGCGACCACAAGUACUGCUGCGAUGACCCGCACAGCUUCUUCCCCUACGAGCACAGCUACAUGUGGUGGCUCAGUAUUGGCGCUCUUGUGGGCCUGUCCAUAGCAGCCGUGGUCCUCCUGGCCUUCAUUGUCACCGCCUGUGUGCUCUGUUACCUGUUCAUCAGCUCAAAACCCCACACAAAGUUGGACCCAGGCUUAAGCUUACAAACUACAGACCCCGAGGAGGUACCCCCUGACUGCCAAAGUGGGAAUAUGGGCAUUUCUAUGGAGGUGCCAGGAGUGAGCCCUCUCGGGCAGACUCACCCUUUCCUGAACCGAUGGCUGGACUGCAAUGAAGAGCAGGCUGUGGACCCCAAACACCUCCUCCAGCACUGCUUCAUGGCUGCAGUGACUGCCAGUGACAUUCCAGGCAGCCCUGAGGAGGCUCCUGUCCCCAGUCUAGACCCAGCCCCAUGACAUCCAAUAAAUGUCUCUACACUA